AUCCCCCUCAAAUUCCUUCUUUCUUGCACAUCUCCAAAAACUUCAGACUCCCAUCAAUGGCUAUCAUAACAGAAGAACCAGACACAUCACGCUCUUCUCCAAAGAAACCCAAACUUAAACCAUCUUCACCAUCAUCAAUUCCAAACCCUUUCACUUUUUGGUUCUACUUCACUAUCUCAAUCUCUCUCUUAACCCUGGUAUUCGUCACAAUUUCCUCUCUGACCACCCAACAAGACCCCAAAACAUGGUUCCUUACACUACCAACCAAUCUCAGGAACCACUACUCUAAUGGCAGAAUCAUAAAAGUCCAAGCGACUCCUCACAGCGACUCCAUUGAAGUCUUCACCACCCAAGAUGGCCCAAUUGAUUCGUCACGUAAUGUACUUAUUGUACAUGGGUUAGGUUGUAGCUCUUACAUUUUCAGUGGCGUUGUCAAAUCGUUAGGAAAAAAGGGCGUCCAUGCUGUUGCCCUAGACCUUCCUGGUUCUGGGUUUUCUGAUAAGUACGAAACGGUGACAGAAGAGAAGGUGAUCGGGGGUUUCGGUAGGCUCCUAGAGUUGUAUAAUGAAAUCAAGGAAAAGGGUCUGUUUUGGGGGUUUGAUCAGUUAGUUGAGAAAGGGUAUGUGAAUUACGAUUAUGAAGAAAACGAGAUCCGUUUGUCAAAAGUAGAGAGUCUGAAAGCCAUAGAAGUAGGUCCAGAAGAGAUGGGUAGGGUUUUAGGGCAAGUGAUUGACACAAUGGGUUUGGCCCCUGUUGAUUUGGUUCUUCAUGAUUCAGCAUUCAGUUUGGGAGCAAACUGGGUGGCUAAAAAUCUAGGGCUUGUAAGUAGUGUAACUCUUGUUGAUAGUACAUCAAAUCAAACUGCUUUUCCUUUAUGGGUUUUGAAAUUUCCAGUGGUUAGAGAGGUUGUUUCUGGUUUCGGUUUUGUGUUCAAGAAUGUUAUUCAGGCAUGCUGUUCGAAAUCCGGUGGUGGGUCUGAUGCAGAGAGCCAUAGACUUCUUUUGAAGGGUAGAAACGGAUUAAAACCGGUUGUUGGAAUGGGGAAGAAGAUAAAUUCUAGUUUUAAUAUUGCAGAAUGGGGUAAACUCGACGGUGUGAAAGAUUUACCAAUGCAAGUGAUUUGGUCUGAACAGUGGAUCAAACAAGGGGAACAAGUUGCCGGAGAGCUUACUCAGGCAACCUUUGUCACACAUUCCGGUGGCCGCUGGCCACAGGAUGAUACAGCUGAUGAACUAAGUGAAAGUAUUUACGAGUUCGUGUCCAGAUUGGCAAAACCUGUCAAAGUCGCCAUGAAAAAAGAGCGCAUACCAGAGCGUAUCAGGCAAAUGGUUGAUGAAGCAACAGCCAAUGUUCACCACCAUGGUAUUGGCGGUCAUGACCAUAGCCAUGGUCAUGGUUAUAGUCAGGAAGUUGGAUACCCAAGUGCUUAUGGACUGGGCAAUGAAUUUAGUUGAGAAUUUGUGCUUCUCAUUUUUCUGGCUAUGUUUUUUUAAGCUUUUUGUUUGUUUAUGCUUUUUGAUGGUUCAAUGUUAAUGACAACAUGUAGAAUGGUGUUGUUGAGUAUUCUCUCAACGACGGUUGCUUAGGGCUAUUUCUAAUGGGUGAGAUUGUAGUACAUCAAAA